AUGCACAGUGCAAGCAAUGUGUUUGUGGUUAGCUUGGCCUUGGCGGACUUAGUGGUGGCCUUGUACCCUUAUCCUUUAGUCCUCGUUGCCCUUUUUCACAACGGCUGGUCCUUGGGAGAAACACACUGCAAAGCAAGUGGCUUUGUGAUGGGAUUAAGCGUGAUAGGUUCCAUCUUCAACAUCACCGCCAUUGCCAUCAACAGGUACUGCUACAUUUGCCACAGUUUUGUAUACAAUAAAGUGUACAGUUGGUCAAACACGAUGUUUUAUGUCUGCCUUGUCUGGGUUCUCACCGUGGUUGCGACUGUGCCAAACUUUUUCGUUGGCUCUCUCAAGUACGAUCAAAGGAUCUAUUCGUGCACCUUCGCCCAAACAACCAGCUCCUGUUACACCAUUGCCGUUGUCAUCAUCCACUUCAUUCUUCCGAUCACCAUUGUGACCUUCUGCUACUUGAGGAUUUGGAUUCUGGUGAUACGGGUAAGGAGGAAAGUCAAAUCAGAAUUGAAGCUGAAGAUCAAACCAAGUGACUUCCGAAACUUUCUCACCAUGUUUGUUGUCUUUGUGAUCUUUGCCUUUUGCUGGGCUCCGUUGAACUUAAUAGGUCUGGCUGUGGCCAUUAAUCCUUCAGAAGUAGCACCUAAAAUUCCUGAGUGGUUGUUUGUUGUGAGUUACUUCAUGGCCUACUUCAACAGUUGCCUUAAUGCAAUAAUCUAUGGGUUGCUGAACCAAAAUUUUCGGAAGGAAUACAAACGAAUUCUAAUGUCCCUGUGGAUUCCCACACUGUUUCAUCAGAACCCUUCCAAAGGGGGAGACAGAAAUCGGAAGAGCAAACUUUCUCCUGCUUUAAAUAAUAAUGACCAAAUUCAUACCAGUACGUUGUCAAUAGAUGAAUGUGAAUUAUAA